AUGGAAGUCCCUAGGGAUUUCAGACCUUUCUCGGAAGCCAUAGAGGCCGAGACCAUUCCGAGGGAUCAUCGGGUCCCCCAGGUGGAACCUUUCGACGGGACCCAGGAUCCUAACCAACACUUGAUGGAUUUCCGAGCUCAAAUGCUGAUCUGUGAAGGGAGUAUGGAAAUCCGCUGCAAGCUGUUCAUGGGCACGCUCAAAAAGGUGGCCCUUGAUUGGUUUAGUGGUCUUCCUGACCGAUCAAUCACCGAUUUUGACGUCUUUAGUCGGCUUUUAAUGGCACAGUUUGCGGCCAACAAAAAGAAAUCGCCAAUCACGUCAGAUUUGUUUGAUCUCAAACAACAACGCGAGGAGUCGUUGAAGGAUUUUCUGCAAAGGUUCAAUGAGGUUGAUUUGAGGAUAGCGUCCUUGGAUGAAAAGAUAGCGGUCAUCGCAUUCCAGAAGGGUCUAAGAUCUGGUGCUUUCGACAUCGCACUGGAGAGAGUGAAUUGCCAAAUGAUGUCAGAGGUGAGAGCUUUCACCCUAGGUCACAUUAAGACGGAGGAAGGACAAAUCAAUAAGAGUGUGGACAAAAGCCGAGAAGCAGGGGGUAACAAUAAGGAAGAUAAUAAGCACCUCCGGGUACGCUCGGAUUGGAGUAAGCGACGUGAUCGCUACAAUGUGAAGGAAGAAAAUCACAGACAGGCGGACUAUGGUGGUCGGACGAGGGGCGAGUGGACGCGAAAUAAUGAACAGGAAAAGUUCACCCCACUCAACAUUCCUAGGAGGCAAAUACUCCAUGACGUCAACAACGCAUCACUCUUUGAGUUCCCGGCAGCGACUGAUCGUCAGCAAAUUGAGCGUCUUAUCAAGGAGGGUCGUUUAAAGAAGUUCGUGGCGAGAAAGCAUGAUGAAGGCUCGUCCAACAGACAACGUAGACAUGAAGGAGAAGAUACAAAAGGAGGUAGGCACAAAGGAAGGUCUCCUCCCAGAGACCUUCCAGAAAAAAGGUCGGAGACCCAUCAACAGGCUGUUCAUGGAGAUUUUAACACCAUAACGGGGGGAUUUGCUGGAGGAGGCCCGACGUCAGUGGCGUGGAAGAGAUAUUCCCGAUCGGUGUUAUCUGUCUCGGAAUGGGCGCGACCACAUCGGCCAGCCAUCACGUUCUCGGAUGUCGACUACGAAGGGGUGUCUCCCCACGAGGACGACCCUAUAUGA